AUGGCUCGGCCGUCCUCCGACUCGGAGAUGGCGGUGUGGGAGGCCGUCCUCAGCCAGGGGAGGUGCAAGUCCUUGUACCCGCCAGCAGUGGCCAACCCCUUCGUGCAGCAGACACGCAUCAGUGCGUGGCGCUGGGCCUACAUCAUCCUCACCGGGAGUGUGCUGGUGCCCGUGCGGGUGUCCUGCAUCGCCUUCCUCUUCAUCUUCCUCUGGCCGAUGGCCGCGCUUUCCACUGUGGGCCGUUCCACUCGACCAGCCAAACCCGCCGUGAGUUGGAGAAGAAAACUGGUGCAAUCAGCCCUCAAGUUCUUGUUUCAGGCGACGUUCUUUUUAGCAGGGUUCCUGGUUAAAGUGAAAGGGAAAAAGGCAACCCGAGACGAGGCCCCCAUCUUCGUAACAGCGCCGCACUCCACUUUCUUUGACGCCAUCGCCUGUGUGGUGGCAGGGUUACCCUCGGUAGUCUCGGCAAGUCAAAACGCGCAGAUACCCGUGGCUGGGAAAUUCCUACUGUCAACACAGCCCGUGCUUGUGACCCGAGAGGACCCCAAUUCCAGGAAGAAUACCCGGAAUGAAAUCCUGAAGCGAGUGACAUCCAAAAGGAAGUGGCCACAGAUUCUGAUUUUCCCGGAAGGAGUGUGUACCAAUCGCACGUGUCUGGUCACUUUUAAGCUAGGAGCCUUCUCUCCAGGUGUCCCUGUGCAGCGGGUGCUGCUCAGGUACCCAAACACCCUGGACACGGUGACCUGGACCUGGCAGGGAUUCACAGGCUUCCAGGCCUGUGUGUUGACCCUGAGUCAACUCUUCACCAGGGUAGAAGUUGAGUUUAUGCAUGUUUAUAUCCCAAAUGACCAAGAAAAAAAAGACCCGGUCCUUUUUGCCAGUUCAGUGAGGAUCAACAUGGCAAAUGCUCUGGGAGUGCCUGUGACAGACCACACUUACGGCGACUGCAGACUGAUGAUUUCCGCAGAUGACCUUCAACUACCCAUGGAAGCUGGUUUGGUGGAAUUCACAAAAAUUAGCCAGAAAUUGAAGUUAGAUUGGGAUAAUAUUCAUCGGCAUUUGGAUGAAUAUGCUGCAAUUGCAAUUGCCUCAAAAGGAGGGAAGAUAGAAAUUGAAGAGUUUGCAAAUUACUUAAAACUCCCAAUUUCAGAGCCCUUGAGACAACUUUUUGCCUUCUUUGACAGGAAUAAUGAUGGCAGCAUAGACUUCAGAGAGUAUGUGAUAAGUCUGACUGUCCUAUGCAAUUCUGCCAACACUGAAAAGAUUCUGCAAAUGUCAUUUAAGCUUUUUGAUCUUGAUGAGGAUGGUUUCAUAACAGAACAGGAGUUAGCUGCUAUACUUCGGGCAGCUUUUGGAGUGCCAGAUCUUGAUGUUUCCAGACUCUUUCAGGAAAUAGCUGGACAGAACUCAGAGUCCAUUUCAUACAAGGACUUUAAGAAAUUUGCCCUGAAGCAUCCAGAAUAUGCCAAGUUAUUUAAUUCAUACUUAGACCUUCAGGCAGCCUAUAUAUAUUCAUUACCACAACAAGUACAGGCUUAA